CCCGAGGGAUAGAUAAUGUUGCUCAUAUCUUCUUCUGCUUGCUUCUUUCCACCUUUUUAUCCCUUCCACCAAACCCCAGAGUUCAGUACCCAGCUUCGAAGCUCCAACAAUUUUUACAAUGCUAUUCAACGCCAUCUGAUGAGUUUUGCUUUCACUUUGGCCUUACAAAUGGACUGUCUUUCUUGCGCCGCCGGUGUUGCUUCCUUCUCUAUCAACAAAUAUUUGCCCUUCCCUUCUGUAUCAUUGUCGAGAGUGAAAAGAAGGUCGAAAAGGGUUUCUUUCAGGGUUUUCGCGGAGAAAGAAGAGCCAAAGCUUGACAAAUGGGACCAAAUGGAGCUCAAGUUUGGUCGCUUGCUUGGUGAAGACCCCAAACUCACCAUUGCCAAGAUAAUGGGUAGGAAAGCAAAUCCUGAAGCUUCUUAUAUUGAAAUUGAGAAAGCAUUUUAUAAGAACAAGGGUAAAAUAAUGGAAAUAGAGGAGGUCCCUUUUGAUGUUGAAAAGAAAUCACCCACUACCACAUCUUCCGGUGGUUUAAAUUUAGUUCGUCCUGUUCCGAAGAAGGGAGUCAAGUUUGAAACUGAUACUAAGCCACCUGUAUCUGAGAUAAAGAGACCAACUUUAUCAGGUGGGAAGGCUAUGGAUAGUGCAAAAAGGAGUACGGUUCCAAAUGUUAUCUUGAGGAAGCCAACUGUGGUUAAUGAAGAUGAUGUAGAAGACAGGCCGUCCAGGUUUAGGAUGAAAUCAAAUUUGUCACUAAGAAUGAGGAAUGAAAAGGCAAAUGAACGUUUCACUGAUAUGACUUUGUUGAGAAAGCCUGAACUGAUGACUUCCGAUACAGGCCUCGAAGAAAAACAAUAUUCUGAUGAUAGUUUUGUGCUAAAGAAAGAAGUGGAGGAUACAGUUGAUGAUUUUACACUAUUGAAAAGGCCUGAACAGGUAAGUGUCCGUACAGAAAUCAGUGAGGAAGUAGAGCAAUCUGAAGAUUCAGAAGUUCAGGAGGAAAGAUUUGACGCAGAUAUAGAAGCUAAUAUGUUGGCUAAUGCAACAAAGAGUAGUGUUGAAGAAGCAUUAGAAGCGGAGCAUAGUUCAAUUCCUAAGAAUCCGGAGAUAGAGGAUGACUCCUUAAUUGGAAUGCAGUCAGCUGAGCUAAGUAAUACGAUGUCUUCUGAGGAAUCUGGCACUGGUCUCUCUUUGGAAGCUGCACUACAGGGGAAGCCUAAAAGGUUAGAUGAAUCUGUGAAAGAAACAUCAAACACCAAUAAAGCAGAAACUGUUCCCACCAAUCCUGAAGAUUAUGAUGAUCUCCCUUCUGUAUCACCUCAGGAGGAUAGAGAUUGGACCAGGGCAGAAGAUCUUCUUAAGACUGGACGUAAGGCUGAAGUGGAGUUAAUAAGCUCUAGCACUAAAGGUUUUGUUGUAUCUUUUGGUUCUUUAAUUGGAUUUUUGCCUUACCGCAACCUGGCUGCUAAAUGGAAGUUCUUAGCUUUCGAAUCCUGGUUGAGACAGAAGGGUUUAGACCCAUCUGCUUAUAAGCAGAAUUUAGGAGUCAUUGGAAGUUCUGAUCUAAUGAAUAAGAACUCUUCUCUGGAUUCAAACUCAGAUUCAGAAAACAACCAACAAUUUGAGGGAAAAUAUUCGCCAGAUAUGAAAUUGGAAGAUCUUUUGAGGAUCUAUGAUCAAGAGAAGCUUAAAUUCUUGUCCUCAUUUGUUGGUCAGAGAGUCAAAGUAAAUGUGCUAAUGGGUGACAGAAAGUUCAGAAAACUUAUAGUUUCUCUGAGGCCAAAAGAAAAGGAAGAGUUAAUAGAGAAAAAGAGAAAUGUUAUGGCAAAGCUUCGUGUUGGGGAUGUUGUAAAAUGCUGCAUCAAGAAAAUCACUUAUUUCGGUAUAUUUGUGGAGGUUGAAGGUGUUCCUGCUCUGAUUCACCAGACCGAAGUAUCAUGGGAUGCCACCUUGGAUCCUUCAUCGUAUUUCAAGAUUGGCCAGAUUGUCGAGGCUAAAGUGCACCAAUUAGACUUCACACUGGAACGUAUAUUCUUAUCGUUGAAGGAAAUAACGCCAGAUCCACUGAUUGAGGCCUUGGAGUCUGUGGUUGGUGAUCAUGAUAACUUAGAUGGAAGAUUACAAGCAGCAGAAGCAGACUCUGAGUGGCCUGAUGUAGAAUCACUUAUCAAAGAGUUGGAGCAGAUAGAAGGGAUUCAGUCGGUUUCGAAGGGACGGUUUUUCUUGAGCCCUGGUUUAGCUCCAACAUUCCAGGUUUAUAUGGCAUCCAUGUUUGAGAAUCAAUAUAAGUUACUUGCUCGAUCCGGAAACAAAGUACAAGAGGUCAUUGUUGAAGCAACAUUGGAUAAGGAAGAUCUGAAAUCCACAAUUCAGUCAUGCACAAAUAGAGUGGCAUAGGGUUCUUUUUUUUCCGUCCUAUCGGGGUCUUCCACCUAAUUCUGAAUUCCUUUGAUCCCCGAAAGACACAUUCGGCAGCGGACGAGAGAGACAACUAGAAGUCUGAAACCAUGGGGAGCCUCGGUGGGGGUUUGUCUGGAUUUUCUUCUACUAUGUCAAGUAUCACUAUCGGCACAUUCCAUCAUGUUGCAAUAGAACACAAACGACGUGUCUUCCUUUUCUAUGGAAUUUAUAUAUUUCUUACACCGGGGUUCAACUUUCUUGAACAUUACUUAUUACUAUAAAACUGCCACUUCAAUGGUUCAUAUA